AGUGUUAGUCGUCGUUACAAAUAAGCGUAUGUAAUUCUGUAUGAAUAGUUUGUCAUUGUCUUUUAAUAUUUGUAUUAAUGAUAUUGGCUAUCGUUGGAAUGGAAGUAAUAAAUGUACCUGUGUAAAAUGUAUCAAGACUUUGUCGUGAAUAACCCCGGAGAAGCACGUGACAUACAUCUGCCUGUACAACCUGCUUCCCUGCCAGUGGUAUGGUCCGGUCACAUGACAUAGUUAAACGGAAUCAACAUACUGCGUGAGUACACGUGUACAGUGUGAACCGAUUCGGAUGUAAGUCAACUCGGGAUACUCAGGUUUCGCUACUAAACACAAAUAACCUGACUCGCAUUUGACACAUAAACGUUACAAAAAAUGGAAGUUGCAAAUCCAAGAUACACAGCAGGUGAGAUUGAGGAGAAAGAGAUUGACAGAAUCCCGGACAUGAAAGGCAAUGUUAAAGAAGUGAUGAAUAUCGAAGGUAUGGUAGUACCUCUAGGUAUGAUCAGAAGUGGACAUAUUCCAGAUAUGAGGGAAAACGUGAAGAAAAUCCGCCACAUGAAGUGUCGAGAUGACGACAUUUUUCUAUGUGCUUACAUGAGAUCAGGUACGCAUUGGGUGUGGGAAAUCACCAACAUGCUGACAACAGGAAAACUGGAAUAUCUAACGCGCCCGAAGGAGGCUGCUAUGUUGGAAUUUAAUUACCCUGAGGAGUUUGACGAAAUCCCUUCACGAAGGACCCUCAAUACACACUUACCGAUCCGACUACUGCCAACAGAAGUCAAAGACAAAAAGCUGAAAGUAAUUUUUGUUCAGAGAAACCCAAAGGAUGUCAUCGUUUCGUCGUAUCACUUCUUAAAGAAAGCCAAAAUGACGCCCUUCGAAGGAACAUUUGAAGAAUACUUCACCAUUUUUACAACAUUAGGUAUAUUGGUGAACUGGUUCGACUAUACCCUUGAGGCAGAAGAAGCCGUUAAAGGCAGGGAAUUAGAUAUCCAUGUAAUCUAUUACGAGGAACUAAAAAAGGACCCUAUCCCUGCUAUAAAAAGUCUCUCGGAAUUCCUCGGCACUGCCUGUGAUGACACAUUCAUCGCGAAGAUAGCGGAGUUGUGCAGUUUUAAAGGCAUGGAAAAAGCUAGUGAAAACGUAAAAGAAAUGGAAAAGUUCAUGUUUGAGAGCGACUUGAUGAAAGCACAUUACCGGAAAGGUGAGAUCGGUGACUGGAAAAACAUGAUGACCGUGGCACAAAGUGAACAUUUUGACGAAGUUUUCGCAGACAGGAUGAAGAACAGCUCUUUUAAAUUUGACUUUUCAGAAUAAUUAUGAUCAAAAGUAUAGUCAUCUGGACUCAUUACAAAUGUAUACGACAAACAGAAGAGCUAACCGAUGUCAUUUGUGGAAUCCUAACGACAAACAUUUCUAUCAUUCAAGGAAGGUGAUUUAAUUGUUGGAUUGAUGCAAAUAAUAUGCAAUUACGAACUGUCCACUUUUCCUCCCUGAAAUUUGACUUUAGGCAAACUGCACCGAGUGACCAAAACGACAACAAAAACGGGAACAUUUUGUUUCUUACUACUUUUUCUAUUUUACAUUUGAAGAUACAAUAUCAUAACACGUGUCAUGUUCAUUUAUGCCACAGUGAGGCUUAUGAAUAUUUACUUUAUACAUAUAUAAUUACGUGUUUACACCACUCCACUCUAUAGACACAUUAAAAGUUCGAGUUGGCGUGUUGACGAUGGUUGUGGGCUUUGAUAUGUAUUUGUGAGUGUACGGCUACAUUUGCAGCGUGUUUUGGCAUAUUGUUAUCGCAUGUUAUAGGACUUAAUUAUUUUAACUGCUUCAUUUUUGACUUAGUGCGUUUCACAUUGUGCGUGACUUUAAUUUAAACAGAUAAUAUCAUGUCAAGUGUUUUAUCAAUCCAGAAACAUAUACAUGUACAUACAUGCAUAAUAAUAAUCCAUAUAUGCGUUUUGCUUAGAAUACAUUAAAUGAACAAUCAAAACUA